AUGGGCAAUACUAUCAGCGCUUUGAUUGAGCCAAAUGCAGCAGACGAUGAGAACAAUAGGAAGAAAAAGGAACAGCUAGAGCUGAUGAUGAAGCUCGCAAAUGCGCGGCUAGACACCUUCCAACACGAGCUGGAGCAGAUGUUCUUGGACCGUGAGUCAGCAACGCAUACCAAAGUCCCCGGAAGGAGAGCGUUGAGAUUCGAGCGUCGUUUUGUUGUUGAUGCUGAAAGCACACCCGGUAAAGGCGUUGAGGAUGCUGUAGACGCCUUCUUUGGCGCUUCGGAUACCGGAACCAAAGGUGCCCUUGAUGGCUUUAAAUCCGUAGUAAAGACUGGCCUUUCUGCAAUUCUCGGCGACUCCUCCGCUGGCGAAAGCUAUGAUAAAAAGUUCUUUAUUUGCGUAAAACACAAUGCAAUCAUUCGCGUUGACAUGUAUACAUACAAGUAUACCUUUGCCAACGAGGGAGUGAUUGAGGUGCACAAGAACAUCCUGGCUUACAUUCUGUGCAUGUCUGUCGUGGAUCAUAGAGAUGUGACCAUUGAUGAGCUCGUCUAUCUUGCUUCAGAGUUUGCUGGUAAUGGUGAUCCGGGUCCUGAAUUCGCCCAGUACCUGGACAUGAUCACGAAGACUUGGAACAAGCUUGGAGCUAGCGAUCCUUUGCCUGUCAGUGGAAGGCCGGCUCUGGAGUUCCCUGUGAUGGCUGCCGCUCCACCUGAGUCAUGA